AUGAAGUUUGGGGGUGUUACUUUCAACAACUCGGGUCUUAUAGCGGAGAAUGCGGUGAACCAUUUUAAAGAUUUAUUUGACAAUGUUUCUGUUUUGCAGGAUAAUUCUUUGGUGGAGGAUGUCAUUCUUAAGCUCGUGUCCGACCAGACUAACUUUCUUCUUACUAUGCUUCCUACUGAGCUGGAAGUUCAUUCUGCUAUUUUCAAUCUUAAUAAGGAUAGUGCUGCCGGUCCUGAUGGGUUUGGUCCUAGGUAUAAUUCUAACACUUUAGUUCUAAUCCCUAAAGUUAAAGAAGCGGACAGUAUUGAGCAGUUUCGUCCCAUAGCGCUUGCUAAUUUUAAGUUCAAAAUUAUUACAAAGAUUCUUGCUGACAGGUUAGCUAAGGUUCUUCCUCUCAUUAUUUCUAAGGAGAAAAAUGGUUUCAUUAGUGGAAGAAGCAUUCGGGACUGCAUAUGUCUCACUUCCGAAGCAGCCAAUUCGUUACAUAGGAAAACUCUUGGUGGAAACAUUAUUUUGAAAGUUGAUAUUGCAAAAGCGUUCGAUACUUUGAGUUGGAAGUUCAUUUUGAAGGUUCUCCAUCAAUUUGGUUUUUGCGAGAAGUUCUGUUUAUGGAUCAAAUGUAUCUUAUCCUCUGCUAAAGUUUCUAUUGCAUUGAAUGGGCAGCAACAUGUCUUUUUCAACUGUCAAAGGGGGGUUAGGCAAGGAGAUCCGCUUUCGCCUAUGUUCUUUUGUUUGGAUGAAGACGUCCUAAGUCGGGUAAUUUCUAAACUUGUUUCUGAUAAUAAAGUCAAGCUUAUGCAUGCUUCGCGAAACGUCAUGUUUCCGUCUCACACUUUGUAUGCCGAUGAUAUUAUCCUUUUCUCUCGUGGUUGUAUCUCCUCUAUUGAAGCUUUUAAAGGGUUGUUCUCUUAUUAUGCUGAGUGUUCUGGUCAGGUUUGCAACCCCAGCAAGUCGGUUAUUUAUGCAGGUUCCAUGUCCAAUGAUCGUCAUAGUUUGUUAGCUAACCUCGUUGGCUUCUGCAAAGGUCAGCUUCCGUUUUACUAUUUGGGAGUUCCGAUUUUCAAAGGCAGACCAAAAGCGAUUUAUUUCCAGCCUCUGGCGGAUAAGAUUAAAGCCAAGCUUGCUGCGUGGAAAGCUAGUUUGCUUUCGAUAGCAGGUAGAGUGCAAUUGGUCAUGUCGGUUAUUCAAAGCAUGACAGUUUAUUCCAUAAUGGUUUACUCCUGGCCUAUUAGUCUUAUUAAGAUCAUUGAAGGGUGGUGUCGUAACUUCAUAUGGAGUGUCGAUAUGAAUAAGAGGAAAUUAGUUACCGUGGCUUGGAAGCUUUGUUGCAGAAGUUUGAAAGAUGGGGGAUUGGGCAUUAGAUCUCUAAGGACUCUCAAUGAUGUUGCAGACUUGAGACAAUGCUGGACUAUUUAUAAUGGUCGGGACGAUUGGGCUCAGAUUCUUAAAUCUAGAGUUUUCAAAAGAGGAAAACGGGUGCAAUACCAUGUUUUUUCUUCAAUCUGGUCCGGGAGCAUGUAUUUUCUUAAUAUUAUCGAGAUCAGUUCGAUGUGGCUGGUUGGAAAUGGGGAAAAUAUUAAUCUUUGGAGUGACAAUUGGAAUGGGUAUCCUCUUAAGGAUAGAUUCAUUGAAGAACCUCUUGCGGUUUUUAACGGCAUUCUGAAAGAUUUCAUUUAUGACGACAAGAUAGUUCUCCCCCCAGAGCUUUUUGUUUCUUGUCCUGAUUUGCGGCAAGUUUGCGAGACGACGGUGAUUAAUUCUCAAGCGCAGGAUUGUGUGAUCUGGAAGCCUUCAGACAAUGGUUUUUUGACCCUCAAAGAGGCUUAUUAUUUCUGCUGCAGGCCUAUACAAAGUUCCUGGGGUCGAGUUCUUUGGAACCGGGCCAUCCCGCAUUCGAAGUCUCUUCUCUUUUGGAGAUUGUUUCAUGGCAAAUUACCGACUGAUAACAAUCUUCGUUUACGAGAAGGAUCUCAUUCUGCUCAAUGCCAUGUGGUUAUCUUGGCUGCUAUUCUUAAUACAGUGGCUAGCAUUUGGAAUGCUAGAAACUUGGUUAGAUUUCAGAAUAAAAAGCUGUUGUGGAAGUCUCAUUGUGCGAGUAUCAUCUCCCUCUCUUCUAUGUCGGGUAAUCUAACUCAGAGCCCUACAAAUUCUUCCAUGUCUGAUUUUGUUAUUUUAAAGCAUUUUCCGGUUUCUCUCAAUCCCCCUCGAACUCGUUCGUCUAUUGAAGUUCUCUGGUUCCCUCCUCAACCAGGUUGGGUUAAGGGCGAUCAUCUCGGUAGUUUUUGCAGUAAUUUGGGAUCUGCUAAUGCUCUUUUCGCGGAGCUCAUGGGGGCAAUUCUUGCCAUGGAGAUUGCUAUUGGUAACGGUUGGUUGAAUCUUUGGUUGGAGUCUGAUUCCUCUUUAGUGGUUUCGGCUUUUAGCAACUCUAUGGUUGUUCCGUGGAAGCUUCGAAAUAGAUGGGAUUCUUGCUUAUUUAAGUUGUAUGUGAGUUGCCAUGAAGUUGAGAUUGUUGAGAGCUUAAAUACAAAUAUCCCAUCUAUUCCUAAGCCUCCAAGGCCCAAUGGAAGCAUUGCUGAAAGCUUCCGAAUGGUUCUAAACAUAUUGUAUCUUAAUAUUGAAGAUUAA